AUGGGUAGAGAGAGUAAUGAAGGAGAGAUGGGGUUUAAGCAUGGAGGAGGAGAUGAUGAGAGUGGGAUCUCAAGAGCUGGAAUUACAUCAAUGCCCUUGUAUGCAAAGGCAGAUCCUUUCUUCUCUUCUACAGAUUGGGAUCCAGUUGUGUCUGGGAUCACUGGUGGUGGUGGUGGUGGUGGCUUCUCAAGCUCUCACUACCAUUCAAUGGCCAUGGACAAUCCAGGGAUGGGUUGCUUCCCUCAUUACCCACCCGGUUCGGGUUCGGGUUCUGGCUAUGGAAACAUGCCUCCGAGUCUUCUUCCGUUUGGUGAGUGUGGAGGUGGUCAUUUUCUUGGUUCGGACAAGAAUGGGGAAAGUGUUGGAAGAUUGAUCAGAGCUGGAGAGUCUCAUGAGGAUCAUCAUCAUCAUCAGGUUUCAGAUGAGGGUGUUCUUGGUGCUUCCCCAACUAGAAAAAGAAGGCAAACCGAAGCCGAAUCACAAUGGAACAAGAAAGCUGUGGAGGAAUUUCAAGAAGACCCUCAGAGGGGAAGUGAUGGGAGCCAGAAGAAACAGAAAGCAGAGCAGAGUAAAGAAACAAUGAACAAGGAGAGCUCACAGAGUGAAGAAGCACCGAAAGAAAACUACAUUCAUAUGAGAGCAAGAAGAGGCCAAGCCACUAAUAGUCACAGUCUUGCAGAAAGGGUUAGAAGAGAAAAGAUCAGCGAAAGGAUGAGAUUGCUUCAAGAGCUUGUUCCGGGAUGCAACAAGAUCACGGGGAAAGCAGUUAUGCUCGAUGAAAUCAUCAACUAUGUUCAGUCAUUGCAACAACAAGUUGAGUUUUUGUCUAUGAAGCUUGCGACUGUGAAUCCAGAAGUCAACAUUGAUAUAGACAGGAUUCUCGCUAAAGAUCUUUUGCAACCAAGAGACAGAAACACUCCUACACUUGGGUUGAAUCCUUUUAGCGGUUUUCAAGGGACGAUGCCGAACAUUUCUACCAGCACAAAUCCACAGUACAACACAUUACCUCAGACAACACUAGAGAGUGAACUACAAAGCCUUUACCAAAUGGGUUUCGUCUCAAAUCCAUCGACUAUGUCCAGUUUCUCACCUAAUGGUCGAUUGAAACCAGAGCUCUAG